UUUAAUAUUGUCAUCAUAAUGAAAUUGAAACUUAUUUUGAAAUAGUGAAACAAAUUUUUCGUUUGGAAAAAUUGUUAAUUAAAAGUAACCCAGUUCCCGCAAAAAAGUCAGCAUUGCUUUGCUUUAGGACUUAGUUAAUCAGUAGUCACUGCCGGGAAGAAGUUGCAAUGCCUAAGAAACAACAGAGAAAUGCCUUUUACUUCUUUAUGAAGGACUUAGAACCAACACUUAAAAGGGAAGGACGUGUCUUUCCUAAUGGAAUGGCUGAUAUAGUGCCCAUUGCUCAUCCACGAUGGAAGCAACUUCCUGAGAAAGAAAAGCAGAGAUUUGAAAAUAUGGCGAAACAAGAAAAAGCAAGGUUAAGAGGGCGAGCUGGUGACCAAUAUAAAGUGGACAAUGUUGGCAAUGUACUUGCGCAUCGCACUGACAAAUACACAGAGCUGGAGAAAAGAAGGAUGGCAGAAAAGAAAAAUAUGAUUAGAAACUGGCCUGCUGGAAAAGGAAAGAUACCUACUGGCUACAGAUUUACCUGUAUACAGAAUAGUGAAGAUACUCACAAAAUCCCAGUAGAGAAUUUUGAGAGAGCUGACAAUAAUUACAGGGGAUUGUGGAUACAACUUGAAAACUUCAUUAAUUAUAACAGAACUAAAGAUGAAAACCCACCCCUGUACUGUUUGGGUGCAGGUCACAGAUAUGAGGCUAUAGAGUACUGUCUGGAUUGGAUCCAUGGUAAAGCAUGUCUGGGUGAACCGAAUCGUAUCAAGAAAGUGUAUGAGAUAGAGAGUCUGUUUCACGAGAUGCAGGCCCACAUCGGUAAUCAGGUGUCCAAAAGUUCCUGUAUUGACAGCCUAACAUCCUCCGAGUGGGACUAUGAGCCUAAUAUAAAAUGUGAUUACCAUGAAGAACUUGAGGUCAAAGACUGUGCCUUAGGGAUUGUACAUAGAUAUGCCUAUGCCAUAUCUGAUGCUUUGUGUCCAUUCUUUGAUGUUCUGCCAACAAAGAACCAUUUACCAACAAGAGAUGAUACCGGUGCCAUCAAAGUGCUCUCCCCUUCUAGUAUGCCCGUCUGUAACAAGCAAGACUCCCGUCUGCCAAACACGUCCGACCCAAGAAUUAAAGUGAAGGAGCAUAAGCCAAGACCGGCUCCCCCCGAGGAAGAUUACAGAGAACUACGCAGACCUAAUCCUCCUGUUCCAGAGUUUACAGCUAGUCAGACGUCUGCUCCUGCUUGGGGUGGAGCUAGAGGAAUGGGAGGGGUUGCAACACCAAUAGGUGGAGCUUAUGUAAAUCAGGCAGAUUAUCCACCAAUGGCAGCAGGUAGAGGGCUUACAGUAGGAAUGCAAG